AUGGUUUUCGGUUUAGGGAAAAAAACCAAAUCUAAACGGGGAAGAAUGAAAAAAAAACAAAAAAAAAUUUCGGUUUGGAAAAAAAAAACUGGAAAAGAAAAAUCUUUUAAAAAAAGAAAUGAAAAAAGAAAUGAAAAAGGUGUUUCGAAAGAGAAAAGAGAAAAUUUGAAAAAAAAAGAAAGAACCGAAAGUAAAAGAUCGGUUCAAGAAAAAAAAACAAAGAGCGAAUGUUCUUCGUCUAAUAAUUUAGAUGACUCGGUUGCAUUCAGAAUACCAAUGCUUGAAAAUACGCUCAACAGUUGUAUCCUUGAAUUAGAAAUGAGCGGACUUACAACGCCUAAUGAAAAAGCGGAAGUGCUUAUUAAUAAAGAUUUGACUAAAAUAGAAAAUUUGUUUGCUCUUAAAUUACUUUUUGAAAACCCACUUAAUGAAAUUUCGCCUGGAAUCCUUCGUAAUUCUUUAGUUACUUUAGCGAAUCCAACACUUUUUGAUUAUUAUGAUAAAUUAAGUGUGGCUAGGCUAGAGUUACAUAUUCGUACCUGGGUUGCUGUAUUGGAAAAAAUUUGCUUUACACCAAUGCGCUUAAGUAAAGAACUUCGAGAUAAAGUUUAUAAUUCUUUAGCAAAAUUUGCAGAAAUUCAUAAAAAAACAACGCAAGUAAUGCAAGAAGGAAUUGAUAAUAAUUAUAGGUCUGACUUUAAUCAAUUCAAUCAAUUACAGGAUAAUAAAGAAGAUGAAGGUAUUAUAAACAAACGAAAUUAUAAUAUUGACUUCUUAUUAAUUCACUUACGGGAUACAUUGCAUAGUUUGCGUGAUGAUGAGACUUGGUUUCAAGAAAUUAUACGAAGAACUAAGAAAUUGUUUAAAACUCUAUUUAGCCUUGCACUACAAGAAGCAAAUAGUGUUAGUCCAAAUGAAAUUGGUUCAAUACUUACUCAAUUACGCGAGGGAGUAAGUUUUAAGUAUCCAGUAGCGUCAUAUUAUGUAGAUUGGAGAAUUAUGUUGAUAAUUCAACAUAAUCUAUUCGAAUUGUCUGGAAGCGUCAGUAGAAAAUUUCAAGAAAUGGUAUUAAUGGAAUAUUUUUGGAGUUAUUUGGAAAAAGAAUGGACUAUUGUUACUAACAGUUCUAUUUUAGAUUUACAAUCCAAAUUUAAUGAAGUAUCAAAUAAACUUGUUAAAGUUUUAAGAAAUACUGGGAAUUUCAUCAAUGAUCUUGCUGGAAAUGAACCUCUCACUUUACCACAUACUUUAUGGUUUGGGAUUUUAGAUCUUGCACAAAAUCUUAUUCAAAAUUCUACUCGAAAAUCCACGCAUGGUCUUUGUUAUUAUUUGGCAAUUGAAUCACUUAACAGAGCUCCAAGCAGUUUCAUUCAAUUUAAAGCAAUUGAAAUAUUAUUUCACUUGCGUAAAAUUGAUGAUCAAAUGUUUUCAAUAAUUAAAGCUGACUUUGAUCAAUACAUUCAAAAAUUAGAUGAAAAUAAUUCAGAAGAAGUUCAAAAGUUAUUAAUAUUUGUUGAUAACAAAUGUUCUGAUGAUUUUAAUUUAUUAAAUAAUAAUCAAGGAAAGGAAAAAGGAAAGGAAAAGGGAAAGGGAAAUCAAAGUGCAUGUUUUACAAAUGUACAAAUAUCAAAAUCGGAUAUUUUAGGGAUUAUUGCGAUUGAAAUGACUUGUCCAAUUGAUCGUGAACCAACGGAUCAAUUGUGUGUUCUAAAAUGUCAACAUUUAUUAUCAUUUAAUAAUUUUAGGAAAUUAAAACACAAAAAUUGCCCUAAAUGUCGAGAAAAUAUUGAAUAUAAUGACAUUAGAUAUUUACCACAAAAUGUUAUUUAUAACCACUUACGUUCGCAAUUUUUUGAAGCUGGACAUAUUUUACCUUUAAUUAAAUCGGAAGAAUUAUCAUGUGAUAGUGAUUCAGGUGAUUCAGAAGUUGAUAAUCCUAUACUAGUUAAGAAAAAGAAAAUUCUAGAGGCAGUUAAAUCAAAUCCAAAUAUAUCAUUUCAAUCAAUAUUUCAAAUUGGAAAUUCAAAAAAACAACAUCCAAAAUAUCAAAAUGCAAUGAAAGAAUUAGAAGAAAAAAAUUAUAAAAAUGCUGAGCAUUUGUGUAAAGAAUUUCUCAAACCUUUUCCAGAAAGUUAUUCCAUGAGAUGUAUUUUAGCUUAUACUUAUUUAUGUCUUGAUGAUUAUGAGCAAGCAUUUUUAUAUUUAAAUCAAGCUAUUAAGUUGAAAGAAAAAAGAUCUAUUACUUGGUCUAUUCGUGGAGAAAUUAAUUUUAGACAAGGCAAUUAUUAUGAUGCAAUAAGAGAUUUAAAAUCUUCAAUAAAAUAUAAGACCUAUUCAAAGAAUAGUUUAUGUCUUAAGUAUUGUGCUUAUAUCUAUGAAAAGCAAGGAAAAUAUUCUGACACUUUAAUGGUAUUGAAUAAGUUGCUUAGUGUUAAUAAGAAAGAUUCAUUAAUCUUAUGUUAUUAUGGUGAAAUUCUAAGUAUAAUGGAAAAGUAUGAUGAGGCCGCAAUAUAUUUUAUAAAAGCAAAUAAUAUAGAUCCCGAAAAUGUUCAUAAUUUAACUAAGAGAGCUAUUGCAUAUUAUAAUCUUCAAGAAUAUGAUAAAGCCUCAUUAGAUUUUAAUAAAGUUAUACAAUUGGAUAUUUCAAAUAUUUUAGCAUAUUAUUAUAAAGGACUAAUUUAUUACAGAAUGGGAGAUAUUGAUAGUUCUAUUACAACAUUUAAAAAAUGCAUUGAGUUAGAUCCUAACAAUGAUUUAGAAAAGAUGUAUUUGAAAGAGUCAAGAGAUUAUCUUUCUCAAAUUUCUACAGUUGAUUUUAACCUAAAGUGCUUACCAAACUACCAUAAAUUAAUUACUAAGAUUAAUCAAUUUACUAAUAUUUAUCAUGAUAAAUCAUUGCUCAUUAUGAGAUGUAAAGUAUAUAUUGAAUUAAAAAAGUAUAAAGAUGCAGAAUUAGAUUUGAAUAGAUUAUUUGAGCUAAAUAAUGGUAUCUCAUUUGUAUACUUACUAAAAAAAUAUUCAAAUUUUUGGUAUUACUUGUGUAAAGGUUACUGUGUUAAUGAUUUUAAUGACUUAAUUGGAUUUAAAGAAUUUAUUAAUAUGUAUAUGUUUAAAGAACAUUAUGUUUAUUUUGCUUCAAAUCUUUAUAAUUUGAAAAAUUAUCAUCAAUUUCAUUUUCAAGAAAGUAAUAUAAUUAGUACGUCAGGAUUGAUAUUAUCUCUUGAAUAUAAUCAUUUAAGAUUGCCCAGACUAUAUUCGCGUGAUAUAGAAUUUUGCAGCCAUCAUAGUACAAUCCCUAUAACCCCAAUAACCUAUGAUAUAGUUUGGAGAAUAAAUGUCAAAAAAAUAAAUUCGCCAGAUGCCUUCAUAAAUUUUAUGAUUGAAAGUAAUACAAUAUUUUAUAAGACAAAGGAAUAUAAAUUAGAAUACACGGAUUUACUAAAUCUUGAGGGAUUAGGUUGGAUUGAAUAUGUGACAUUUUUUUCUAUAAAUUGGCCUUAUUCAGAAUGGAUACAAUUUUCAAUUGAAACAAAGAAAGAAUCUAUUGAUAUGGAAAUAGAUUAUGUUCGACUUAUAAGAUCUACUGUAGGAAAUAAUCAUGAAAAUCGAAUUUAUUUUCCUAAAAUGAAUCAUUUAUUAUUAGAUAAUGUUCCAGAAGCUUUAGAGGACAAAUACUUUUUACGAAAAGAAACAGAACAUUUGCUUGAAUUAAAGGAUAUCAUCGGUAAUCUAUAA